AUGGCAGCGAUUUUAAAAAAGAAAAAAGCGAAAUCUUCGGAUUCGGAACCUCCAGCAAAAAUACAAAAGCUUGAAAAUGUUCCCGAUAACUUUGAAAAGUUUUUGGCGAAAAAUUUGGAUUCGAUCGGCGCGGCAAAGCUUCAAGAUAUCAAAAAUCGCACAAAAACUGCGAAAAAAGUCGAAAUCAAAGGAAUCGGUGCGAGUUCGAUUUAUGAAGGAUUAGAUGAAAUUGAAGUGAGAAUUGGCGAUUUAUUUCACACUAUAAAAUACAUUUUCAGAUUCCAACAACUUCUUCAAAUUUGGAUUUAGCAGAAACUGGAUGGAAUUCGAAUUUGAUCGCAAAUAUGACAAAUAUUUUAGCUGAAACGGAAGUUGAUCAGAAGAAGGUGAAAGAUAUUGAAGACUCCAGAAGUUCGACAAUCGACAUAGUUUCGAGAUAUAUUGAUUUAUUAGAAAUUUCGGAUGAUCAAGAUGGUUAUAGAGUUAGUUUUAAUUAAUAUUGUUCUCAGUACUAACACAAAAUCAUUUCAGUCAAUCUAUUGCGCCCACAUUAUUUCGCAUCUUAUCAAAAAUCGAAAUACAAUAAUUGCAAAUAAAAGAAAAUUGGAGAUCGAUGAAGCUUCGGAAGAUGGAGCAAGUGAAGAAUUGAUUGAAUCUUGUAGAGAUUCUGGAUUUGUUCGACCUGUUGUUUUGAUUUUGUGUCCUUUCAAGAAAGAUGCCUAUGACAUUAUUCAGAAGAUUAGUAGUAUUAUUUACGGAGAUGGUGAGUUUGACUAUGUCGACUCACAAAAAUUCUGGGAUGCUUAAAAACGAAGCUAAUUUUUUUGUGACAAAAAUAUUUUAUAGCGUGAGCUAAAUUAUUUAUUUUUUUCAAACUUUCACUUGAAAUGUAUUUUUCAGAAAAGGGAGAAAUUUGGAACAAGAAACGGUUUGAAGAUGAAUACAGUGGCCCAGAAGAAAUCCCACAAUCACGUGUCGAAUAUCCACCAGAUCAUUUAGAACUCCUAAAAGGAAAUAACGAUGAUGCAUUUCGAAUUGGAAUCGCAUUAUCAAAAAAAGUUUUGAAAUUAUACGAGAAAUUCGACAAAGCUGAUAUUUUAUUGUGUUCGCCGUUGGGAUUGAGAAUGAUUUUGAAUGGAGACGAUGGAAAUGAAUCGCAUUUAUUGAGUAGUACAAAUAUUAUUAUUGUUGAUAGAGUAAGGAUUUCUCAGUUUAUAGAUAAUAUUGAUUUGAAAAUUUUUGCAGGCUGAUCAAAUGCUUCAACAAAAUUGGGAAAAUAUUCAAUUAAUAUUCUCUCAACUUUUUGGACAACCUGCCAAAAUUGAUGUUGAUAUUUCAAGAGUUCGAAAAAUGUAUCUUGGUAAGCUUCUUAUCUUCAAGAAGAUCUGAAAAGCCUGAAAAGUUAUGAAAAUCUCAAUUUUCAGACGGAUAUGCUCGUCAUUUCUCCCAAAUUCUUCUAUUUUCUCGAUUUUCGCAUGAACUGUUCACAUCUCUCAUGGUUCAAAAUUCCGGAAAUCAUAAUGGACUUAUUGUAGCGCGACCAAAACAAGAGGGAACUCUCAAAAAUGUAAGAACUUGAUAAAUACUUUUUAAAAAUAUUGUGAUCUUAUAGAUCGAGAUUCCGUUAUGUCAAGAAAUUCACAAGUUCCAAGUCACCGAUCCAAAUGAAGUUUCAGAAGCGAGAUUCAAAUAUUUUGUGGACAAGGUUUGUUGAAAUACAAUAAAUAAAACAAUAUUGAUUUCAUGUUUUUUCAGAUUGUUACAUCAUUAACACCAAGAACUGUCAUCGUAAUUCCGUCAUAUUACGAUUUUGUUCGAAUUCGAAAUCAUUUCAAAAAAGGCGAAGAGAGUUUUGUCAGUUGUCAUGAAUAUGCUCCAAGGAAAAAGGUUGAUCGAGCUCGUGAGAUGUUUUUCCAUGAAAGAAAAAGUUAUCUUCUGGUCACUGAACGAUGGUAUUUCUUUAAUCGAAGACAACUUACUGUAAGUUCCCGAUAAAUUUCAAGUUUUCACAUUAUAAUUCGUUAUUUUAGGGUGUUCACCGUGCUGUUUUCUAUCAACUUCCAUCUCAUCCACUUUUCUAUUCUGAAUUUAUCAAUAUGUCGGAUUCUGAUACAAAACAACGAUUUUUAGCAGUUCUCCUGGUUUGUAAAUUCGAUAGACUUCGGAUGGAAAACACAUUUGGAACUGAAAUGGCCCAAGCUAUUCUGAGCAAUAAGCAACAAGUUCAGGCAAUUGUUAGUGAAUAG